CUUCUAUACUCUACACGCGGUAAACUCAUCGCGAAAUAUUAAACUAUCGAUCGCAACGCGGAUGUGCGCAUCUCGAAAUCGUAUACUUGCGUUGUGUGAUGCGUAAGGAGAAACGAUGUUUCGCGAAACGCCGCGUUUCGUUCUUUUAAUUCUCAUUGCGAUUUUUCACUGUGGCUGCGGCGAUGACGGGACGAGCAGAGCAAAUGAGAAAAGACACGGCGGUACGAAUAAUUAUCAGAUGUGCCUCGAUAGCUUUGACAUUCAUAGAGAUAAAAUUAUCAAGACUCAAGACUCUCGUGACAUGGGUGCUAAGUACUUAAGUGUGUCAGAUGUGGAUUCUAGACUGGAUUGUUUAAAAUAUUGCUGCGAAACCGAACGAUGCGACGUGUUUAUCUUCGAAGAGAAGAAACCGGGUAGUUGCUAUCUUUUUCAAUGCGGCCCACUGCAUGAUUUUAAGUGCAAAUUCACAAGGCAUGCUAAUUACACCAGCGCUGUACGUACUAGUUAUCCCAUACAAAAUAUACAAGUAGAAGAAGAGGUCAGGAUAUCUCAACAGGAACACGAGUUAAAAUCACUUAGGAAAGGUAGCGAAAUUACAUUGGGUUAUGGAUUUACAGAGACUCCUAGCAAAUCUAUAGUCACUCAAAUACCAAAAGUAAUACUGACUACACCUGCAUCGGUUAAACCAGCUUGCAGCAGAAAUCAAUACGAAUGUCGUUCAUCCGGAGACUGCAUAGCUAUAUACAACGUUUGUGAUGGCAUUCCACAGUGUACAGACGGCUCUGACGAAGCGGCCGAUCUCGUGUGUCCCACGGAAAAACCAACUGUUCCUCCAAACAUACAGGUGCCGCAUCCACCUGCUGAUAUUCUACAAUAUCCGCAAAUGGUCGAGCGUAAGCCUCUCCCUCCAUUCUAUCCUGCUGCGCCAGAGAUCAAUCCUAAAACUUGGGAGAUAUCAAAUUUAGCCCAUCAAAUGUCGCAGCCGCAAAAUAUUCUGUAUCCUGGUCAGCCGGUGGAGUUACCGCAAAUGCGUAAGAAUUUUGGUUCAUCAGUAUACCAGUGGGAUUAUCAGCCUCCAUAUGAACAAAAUAAGGAUUUGUAUAUUCCUGUAAAUACCUUCCACGAACAAAAUAUAAAUCCUUAUGAACAACAGCCACAUAUAUUUAAUCACAAAGGUUCAAGCGUUAUAGGAAAUAAUGAAGCAAACAGAGAGCUAUAUGUGGAUUCUAAGCGUCCGUAUACUUCACAUUUUCCAUCAUCGAAUAAGAUAGCUUGGCAAAAUAAUCCGGUACAAUUGUUACCAUCCAUUGCACCUAAUUCUCAACAUAACCAAGCUGGUAAUGUAGAAGAUUCUGCUAAAAUUACAACAACACCAGUCUGUGACACCUCAGAGGAACAUAGAAAUGAGUUGAUGCAGAAUAAAGAAUUUGUAAAGAAAAAAGAAAAAGCCAACACGCAUUUGAUACAUAGCGGAUUUGAUACGAAAGCGAGCAAACAAGUUACUGAAAAAUCAACUUUGUUAGCAAGUGACAUCAUCAAGCAUAAUCAUGCAAAAGAAUCAAAAGAUCAUAAAAAUGUAAUUGUAAUCGAGGAUCAUCACGUAAGAGCGCACGAAAAAACUGACAUUAUUGCGGAACAUCUUCAAAUAAUCGAGGACGAUGUUUUAAGGCCCAAAGGGGCAGUGGUGUCAUUGUCACUAGGACUCAUAGCAACUGCGAUCACGGCUGCUUUAAUUGUUUGCCGGUUGCGAGUGGUGAAACGACGUGGUAGAUGCGGACAUGGUCCUUACGCGCAUGACGCUGAUUAUUUAGUUAAUGGAAUGUAUUUAUAAACGGAUACACAAUGAAGAGAAUCGCUCUUAAAGUCACAAUCUAGUCACUUAAAUAUAUCUAUCAUAUUUUCGUACCAUAUUGUAAGUGUUUCCCCAUAAGAGACUAUAUGCUAGACAAAUUUCGUCAAAUAAUUAUGACAUUCCCUAAAAUUAAAUGAAAUUUUGUUACGAUAUACUUAGUUGCUUUAUACAAAACUGCUAGCAUUUUGUGUCUAUAAUUACUGCUGACAGCAUUUUGAUAUAUAUAAAAGAAUAAUUAAUAAAGUUAUGAAUUAGUUAUUGAUUUUUUGUUAUAUAUAUUUAUUAAAUAUUUUAUCAUUUAAAUAUCUUUCGUAAUAAAAAUUAGACUCUUGAAACAUAAUAUAAUAGAAAUAUAAAAAUUCAAAAUGUUUCAUAUUAUUACAUAAAUAUAUGUAUAUACAAUAUAUCGCCUAUAAAAUUUUUAGCCUUGUUAUGCAGAGAUAUUAAAACAUGAAACACAUCCAUGAUUUUGAUAUAACAUUGUUACGUGAAUUUGUGCUAUUAAUUUAUAUGUAUUUUAGUUAAAUAACAAUGAAAAUUAAUAAAUGACCAUUUUAUUUA